GACUUGACUACUUGACUACUAACUGACUGAGUGAAGACAGUUAAUGACUAACUAACUAGUGUAGUGCUAAGUGCUAGUAUGUUUUAUCUAUGGUGCUAGCUAGUCUGCUAGUAUAUUAUAGUGAGCGAGAGCGAGAGACCAAGACCAAAACCAGGCCAGAGCCCAGAAGCACUGCAGAGCAGAAGUUGGGAUGGAGCAGUUACUUUUUAUUGUAGCAGCAGUACAUUUAGUUUACUGCCCUUUUACCAAAGUAGAGGAGAGUUUCAAUUUGCAAGCAAUGCAUGAUAUUCUUUAUCACAAAUUCAAUCUUUCGGAAUAUGACCAUCAUGAAUUCCCAGGCGUUGUUCCUCGCACAUUUAUUGGACCUAUGGCAAUAUCAGUUCUUUCUUUACCUAUUUAUUCCGUUAUCAGUUCUCUUGGCCUCAACAAGUUUACAACACAAUAUUUGGUUAGAGCAGUAUUGGGCACUUGUGUGAUAAUGAGUCUGCGAAAGUUUAGACUUACUGUUCAACAUAUGUUUGGACCGGAGCUGGCCAGAUGGUUUAUAGUCAUCACUGCCUCACAGUACCACUUCAUGUUUUAUCUCAGCCGUCCACUCCCCAACAUCAUCGCCUUGCCCUUGGUGUUGUUAGCUCUUCAUUGUUGGAUUCGACGACAUUACUCAGCUUUCAUUUGGCUGUCUGGAGCAUCCAUCAUCUGGUUCCGCUCUGAACUUGCCAUGUUCCUUGGAUUCUUACUGCUCUUUGAACUGUUCUACCAACGGAUAUACCCAUUACGGGUGGUGAAAGCAGCAGUACCUGCGGGCAUUGUUUGUCUAGCAGCCACUGUUAUCAUAGAUUCUGUGUUUUGGCAGCGGCUCCUCUGGCCCGAGGGAGAGGUGUUUUGGUUCAAUACCAUUCUAAACAAAAGUUCUGAGUGGGGAACUUCUCCGUUCCUGUGGUAUUUCUACUCUGCCAUCCCUCGUGGCCUUGGACUGUCAGUCUUACUGGUGCCUGUGGGAGCCUACUUUGACGUCAGAGUUAGAAGACUGCUUAUUCCCUCAGUCGCUUUUGUAUUUCUCUUCUCCUUUCUUCCUCACAAAGAGCUUCGGUUCAUUAUCUACGUUUUCCCUAUAUUCAACGUCGCAGCUGCAUAUGCAUGCAAUAAGAUAUGGACAGCCUCGCAGAAGUCACCUGUGGUCCGCUUGUUGAGGGUGGCAGUGGUGGGUCAUGUGGCAGCCAACGCCAUCUUCUCCUUGUUCCUGCUGAGCAUCGCGGCUGUCAACUAUCCGGGUGGCAAAGCCAUUGCACGGCUGCAGAGAUUAGAACCUGCAGACUUACCAGUCAAUGUACACAUCUGUAACCUGGCUGCUCAGACUGGCGUGUCACGCUUCACACAGAUAUAUGACACUUGGAGAUACAAUAAGACUGAAAACUUAGAUGGGAGUCCUGAACUACUCAACUUUACUCAUAUGAUAAUUGAGGCUAAAAGUAGAUUCUCUCCAAGUGUUAAACCUCUCCUUGAUACUCACCAGGUACUGGAUGUAGUGGAUGGAUUCUCACAUAUUGGUUUCAACUACAAUCUAUUCCCUCCAGUAAGAAUUAAAACUAAGCCUCAAUUAUUCAUCCUUAAACGAGUAUCAAGUAGCAAAACGUUUAUUUCAAAUAAGUUUCAGAAUGCUCCUGAAACAAAAACUGAUCAUGAAAGAGAUGAUGUUAACAUUAAAGAAAAUGCAUCUGAAGAAAUUACAGUAGAGGAAAAAUUAGAUGACAAAUCCGAUGAAUCUUUAAUAUCCAACAGACAUUUUGACGAAUUGUUUGAAGAUAAUUUUGAAAAAAAUGAAAAUGAAGAAGUAGGAGACUUGGUCCUUGAAGAGCAAUUAAAGUCUGUUGAUGAAAAAGAAGUAAGUGAAGAAGAACCAUUGCCCGCAUGGAAUUUAUUUGACUUUGAUCAAGAUGUUAGUGAGGAAACAGAAAUAGAUAGUAACGAUUUUGUUGAAAACACUGUUCCUGAGGAUUUAAAGAGUUUGAAUGACAGUAAUGAUGUAACAGAAACCCGUUUGAUGCAAAAUGUUAGUGUUGCUUUAAAAAAUAAUGACUUAUUUAGUUCUGAACAAGAAAAUCUUUCAACUAAAACCGAUUCAGGAGAAAAAGAACAGUUUUUUAAGAAAGAAAUUUCGAACACAUCAGAUCACUUGUUGUCAAACAAAAACAUCAUAGAUGAUAACAAAUCAAACAAAGAAAACCAAUCCCCUUUUUUGUCUCCAACAAAAUUCAACAAAAAAGUUCCUCCUUCUAAAAAACAAUCAGGGCAAGAACAAAAUAUCAAAGAAAACAGUAAUAAAUCAAAACAAAUAAAAAAUAGCAUUAAAAAUAUAAUUGAAAAAUACUCUAUGGUCCCAAGUGAGAAAGAUGGUGAAGCAGAUAUGAGAGAAAAAUCAGAACAUGUGCAAAAGAAACUUGUUCCUAAAAAUAUACAAGCUGAGAUGGAAGAGGAAGUAUUAGAUGAACUGAUGCAUGAGACUGCAACCCAUUCUAUAGAUGAUGAGAAUGAUCAAGUUGACAAUAAAGUUAAUACUGUAGAAUCAAAACUCUUAGAUAAUGAAGAAGAUCCAGUCUUCAUCACUAAACAAAAAAGAGCAAAUAUCAAAUCAAAAUUAAAAGAAAUAAAAUUUAGUUCUGAGACUAACGCACCAGAUAACAGGAACAAAUACUCACAAAAUAAUAAAUAUUUUGAAUUAAGAGAGAAAGAAACCAAGAAUCAACUUUCAGGGAGUAAGUUAAAGCAAGUAACUGAAUAUGAAGUACUUGAAAACACACAGCCACAAGAUGAAACAAAAAGCUCCAAGACUGUUGAUAAAACUAAUGAUGAAAUAAAAAUUAAGGAAGUAAGCAAAGAGAGCCAACCCACAGUAAAAUCCAGCAUAGAAGUAAAAAUACCCUCUAAGGGUAUUAAAGUAAAAAUUACUGAUGGAAAUGUAAUUGAAAUUUUAGAAACAGACUCAGGGGAAUACAAUGAUGAUGUCAAAGUAAAAAUAACAGGCUUAGAAGGGGAUACUAUUGCCGAGGCAUAUAAAACUGAAGCUUCAAAAAUCGAUGAUGAUGAUAAUGACCUUAUAAAAAGCUCAUCAAAAGAUACUUUUGAAAAAGAUUUUAAUAAAAGUAAAAGAAAAAUAAAAUUGAAAAUGAGGUAGUAAAUCUAUUAAGCGAUUGAAUGUGCUAUUACCAAAGAUGAAAAUUGAAUUUGUAUCGUGCUCCAUAACAAACAAAAUAAAUGUUGUAAUAAACAUUGAACCGUUUUGAUAUGAACAAAAACCUCACAAAAGAAUAGAAGAAAAUACCAGAAAACUACCUCUACCUAAGCGAAUGAUCUCAUUAUACAAACUUAAGUCAUUUGAAUAUCUGCCUUGUGUGGAGUUUAUAAAAAAAUUUGACCUUACUUUUCCGAAGAGAAAAUUCACCUACAAGCUACUUACUGCAAUACUAUUAGUCAAUUAUUAACAUUGAUUUUACUAAAUUGGGUUACUGGGGACUCAGACAAUGCUUGAACAUUACAUAAGAUUAUCUGUUGGAAGAUUAACAAAUACUUUCGAUAGAGUAGCAUCAUUAGUAUAGUCUAGAGCUGCCCAAUGGUAUUACUCAAAACAACUCUUUUAUGGUCUAUCAGUAAACUGUUAAAAAUCCGUACUAUUGUUGGCUUGUAAACUUGUUUUUAUAAACAGCUAUAAUUAUUUAUAUCACAUUGCUAUUUUUGUAAACAACAUGGCAAAUCAUUGAGCUACUCUCUAUUGAAGAGGAUAGUGUUGAUUUUUAAAAUCUAAAUAUAUGACUAUAAUCGAAUAAUCCACCAGAAAACUUACAGACCUUUUCUUAAAAAAUUAUGGAGGGAUCGCUAUACUAUACUCUAUUCUCUUUACCAUUAGGCAAUGUGAUUUGUCCCCUCUGUACUAAAUAUAUCUGUAAGUAAACCACCAAUAGCCUAUUGAUAGCUUCAGAUAAACAUUGAUUCAUCAGUAAAAAAUAGCAGUACCCUUGGGGAUAGUGUGCUGCUAGCUUUACGCUUAGUGUCGAGGUAUCUUUGGCUUAAAUCCUCCCCUUAAAGUUUAUAAUGGGCCCCUGCAUAUCGAAACUUUGAUUAAAAUGUUACUUGUUUGUAACAGUAUGAAUAAAGUUAACGCUCAACAACAGAUGGACUGGAAAAAGCUCAAUUUAUAUAUAAGUUCAUAGAUUUUCUCUCCAUGGCUAUAAUAUUUGUUUACUGAUUAUGGUUUUAGUUUUGUCGCCUUGACUGGAACAUUUAGGCUAGCAACAAUAAUGUAAAGCACUAAGCUGCAAAAAAUUAGCAACACAAUAUUUUUAAUUUUAUGGUAUUGUAAAAUCUAGUUACUGCUACUUUAAAUCUACAAAGGUUUCUGUUAAUAUUAAUUUUUGUUGUAUUUUAUUUAGUUUGAUUAAAACAAUUUUAAAUACCUUAUUUAUUUGUGCAACUAGUGUGUGAAGUGGCACUUUGCGCUUGUGUUACACAUUAUAUUUUUCCUACAGUUCCUAUAAAGCAUAGAAUUAAUUAAUCUUCAAACAUUAAACAACACUUUUUAGGUUAGGUUAAAUCCAAGCGUUGAACGAAAUGGGGAAACACUGCACCAGCUGAUCGUAGUCGUAGUAUCUUUAAGUGUUGCCAAAAUAUUUUCAAACGUAUACGUAUUACGUGCCUAAUAAAAGUACAUUGUUUUUUUGUUGUUUGGUUGGAAUACUGGAGUGCGGCAAAAGUAAGUAAAUGUAGCUAUUAGCUACUUUGCAUGCCAUAAUCAACUAAGCCCGCUUUGUCAGGUAACUGUAGGAAAAAAUAGUUUGUGUUGUUCUAUAUUCAGAAGAGUUGAUUAGGGCCUAAUUCUUUUUUGCUACACUACUGUGAAAUCACCUGUUUUUGUUUAAUGCUUAUCACCUACAAAGAUUCAUCAUUAAAUUGUUAACUAUGCAAAAUGAUUGUUUACUAGGCAAAAGUAAUGUUUACUACAGUAUCUUUUUUUUUUUUUUUGAUUAUUCUGAAAUAAACAAACACAAAUUUGUUAUCGUUCCAUCCACCGUUUCAAUUUGCAGCUACCAAAACUGUACACCAAAAAUGCUAAUUGUAAAUUUGAAAUUUAGAUAGAUGGCCUAACCUAAAAAUACUAUUAGUUUUGAAAUAUUCCUAACUUUAAUAAACAAAUAGUCCAAUGACUGUUUUUAUAAAAAAAAAUAAUUACUCUUUGUAGUGUAGCAAAAAGUAACGUUCAAAACAUGAAUGAAAGUGUUCAUUACAUAUUCUCGACCAUAUUUUAAAUGCUCAAUAAAUGUCACACUUCAAACAUAUGGUCUUAAAUAUGUAAUGACUCACUUUCUACUCUUGUUAUGAAAUGUAGAGGAGACAACUCACAAAAUGAGUCACCUGUUUACGUGAUAUUUGUUGUUAUAAUAUUACAACUUUUAUUAGGGUUUUUCAGCUUAUUUUACAUAACUUAGCUACAUAAGCACGUGUGUACCAAGCAUUAAUAGGUUAACUGAUCUUUCAAAGGCAGAAGUUAAGUUUAAUAUUAUGUAUAUCAGAUCUGAGAACGUUGUAAAUUAUUUGAAUUUAAGUACAACCUACUUUUUUGUAAAACAUUCUGUGACGACAACUUUUAAAAUGCCUAUCUUACCAUUGUAAUAAAUGGCACAACUAUGUUCCACUGGUCUUCUUAAGCAAAAUUAUACAAAUGUUAUACUGUACUAAACAUUGACCUCACCCAGACUUCUAGUGUAUAACAGAACAGAUAAAUCACAAUUUUUAAUUGUACAGGCCAGAAAAAAUAAGGCCAAACUGUCAGGGUGUGCCUCAUUUUCCACCUAACAAUCGAGAAGUUUUGCUAUUUAUUUUAUUAUUCAGUCUUUUAAAACUUGAUGUUGUUAGAUAAGAAAUUUAAAAUGCUAAGUAAAAAGGCUCUUGACAUUAAAUCAGUCAUUAAAAAUUUAAUUUUAACUAUACAAAUUAUUAUUGCCGCUAUUUGAAGUUUGUACACCAAAAUAGUUUUAAAGAUGCAAAUUUCAAACACUAAAUAACUAAGUAGAUGACUCAGUAAUGAGGCAUUUUGGAGAAGGUUAGGGUGCGUGCACCAGUGAAUGACCGUUUAAGUUUGAGUUUUCACUUGUAUCCGACAUGGGAAAGUAGGCCAUUAAGUUAAACACUGUCUCAACCUAAGUUGAGGCGACUACCUGACCAGAGGGUGGAACAGGACAGUGACUAUACUGACCCUUCCGACCCUCCGAGUAAAUCCCUAUGGCCAAUAGGCAGGUGGUCAUUCACUGGUACUCUUACCCUUUCUUCUAUUUUGUUUUACUUUGUCACAUAAAACCCAUCUCCUAGAGUUUAGGUUUUUACUUACUGGACACCCUGUAUAUAUAAAUCAAGAAUACAAAGUUGUUUUAUCAUGUCAUGUGGAAGUCAUGCUACGAUUAAGGUCACAGCACCUCUGCACAAUGUGUGAAAGUGGAGCAAACCAGCUAAUUACUUAAUGAACACCAACAGAAUUGACGGAUGUAUCCGCUUCCUGUCCGCAUAAUGAUGCGGACAGGAAGCGGAUACAUCCUGUCCAGCAAGAGCAGCAAGUUACAUGCCUGUCCAGCAAGGGUUGUAUUAUCAAAACUGGAUCUCAAUAAUAUCAAAGCGUUCAUUUGGAAGGAUUGAAUGUAAUGAAAAUUUUCGCACACAAAAUGCAAUACCCAUACUUGCACAUGUACAGCCAAUCCUGUCUCAAUGGCCAGAGAUGUGUAGAAACUGAUAGACUGCCAGGAUCAAAAUUGUGAAAACAAAACAAGCACUCAAAUUUUAAAACAAAUUUUUAUAAUUGCUUGAUGUGCUGCAUAUGUGCCAAAUAUAAUUACAAUAGAAAUGUAGAUAGAUACAUUCAAAUAUGAUGGUUUUGUUUUGUAUAUCAUGUGUAUUUAAAUUUUGUCUCAGAAAUAGAAAUAGGUUUUUAUCAUACGGUCCAGAAAACAGCCGUUCUGAGCUCUGUAAAUCAUCCACAGAAUCAUUGUUUUUUGGUAACUACAAAUGGGGAACAGAAAAAACAUAUGGUAAAUUUUUGGUUCGCUAAUCUGAAAAUUAGUUUAUGGCACAAUAUAAAAUGUUUACUAUUUGAAACACACAUUAUGAAAACCCUGCUAAUCACACAAUAUUUUAAGUUAUGUUUGUUUACAACAGAAAUGUUAACCGUUUACCCAUUUGUAGUUACCAAAAAACAAUGAUGUUGUGGAUGAUUUACAGAACUCAGAACAGCUGUUUUCCGGACGACUUUGUUUAACCUCAAAUUUUGUGGUCUAAUUUUGUAACAAUUAGAAGGUUAUUUCCACAGUAUGAUGAAAAUAGUUGUUCAUCACGAUCACACGGAGCGAAAGGGUCUUUUUGGUACUUAAUUCUAUAUACUAUUUUCAACAAGUAGUCAAUUAAUAGAUAAAAAUACCUAUUUUUUGUUAGCCUUUCCAUGAUGGAUGAGAUUUUUAGAACAAGUAUUGUCAACCAUCCUAUUACUAUGAAAAAAAUGCUGAUGGAAAAAUGGCAAAUAUGCCCUUUCUAUUGCCUUUUUUGGAGAGCCUUGGAAUAAGUUUAUAAAUAGACUGAUAUAUGCUCUCUCAGCAAAUAAUAAAGGGAGAAAUUUUCAAACAUUUCUACAAAAAUUCAGUGUAGUAUGUAUUUAAUUAUAUUAAAUUGUUUGGCAUUUAGACCUCAAGUACGUCAUGAUAAAACAAAUUGUUUCUGGAUGGUUAAAAUGACAAUACAUAUAUAAACUCUUAACUAUUUCAAAAUAAUAGACAUUUAUUCAUAUAUUUUUAUGAACUAUUGUGCUGUGCUGGUAAACUAACAUUUAAACUACUUGAUUACGGUGAUUGAUACCGAUCUCAAUCUCAAUCUCUUAGUUUUUGAUAUGAACUAUAAGCUUGAUAAUAUUUUAUGUGUUUAUUUUCUUGCAUGUCCCAAGUGAAUUUCAAACAUUACAAUGUGCUAUAAUAAAUGUUUCACAGAAAUUCUGCAAUACAAAAUUUAAUGUAGGGUAGGUACAAGUACGGUUAAGUAACUUUUUCUAGUCAUAUGUUAUAUUGUACUUUUUAUGUAAAAGAAAAAACAUUAAAAGUCAGCCUUACUAAUAGAAGCAAAUAAUGCACAGAAUAAUUAAAUAUUUUGGUUUAAUUAUUAUAUACCACCUUGAGAAUAGUUUAAGGUUGACACCUUACUAUUUAUUACACUGAUUAUUAUUAGAUGUUUUAACAAUAUCAUCCAAUAAUAAUGAUUGUUAUGUGGGAAUUUAUCUAACUCAGCAAACAAAAGUAGAGUCUUGCAGUUUCACAAAACAUAUCAUAAAUAUUGAAGAUUAACUAAUUUAUCUUUUUAAUUAUUUAUUUUCAACAAACUGUUCAAUGCUGAUUAGUGUGAAUACUUAAGUGAGACUUAAUUUUUAUUACUGGGUGUUUUAACAGUAGACAGACCCACAAGUAGUACUGUAUUGGUAUUACAGUAAUAACCAAUUUUUUGCCUGUGGUAUUUUGGGAUAUCUCCUAUACAUGGUUUGUUUUGUAUAUUAUUUUGUCUAAUAAUAGUUUAUAAUAUCAAUAAGCUAACACCUAUGGUUGUUUUAAUACAUUUAAUGAUGUCUGUAUAAAAUGUUUGAAGAUGACAAAUGAGUGUGACUUAAAGAUGGGUAACUCACCUUACCUCCUGUAGCUUUGAUUGUAGCACUUUUAACUACUGUACAGGUAGCCAAAUCACUUGCCACUUGCUGGAGUCCUUGGGGACCAAAGGGUUCUGUUUGCUGCUACAGUCAUUGCCUUGGAAUUUUAUCCUCGCUGGUGAAUUUAAAACCAUUGUAUAGUAUACAUUUUAGGCCCGAUUUCACCAAAUUCUCGCUAACGAUGGCUUAGUUGAACUUCGGUUAAAACUAGCCGAUGAUUUAAACCACAGUUAAGGAAAUCCGGUUUCACCAACGAAAACGUGUCAAAACUAACGCUGGUUUUAUAAACGAGAGUUUAGAGUAAAAUCCAGGUGGCAGUGGCAGUGAACUGUCAUAAUACCGGGCUGUUACGGGAGCAAGUAAACAUAACCUAGAAAAUAAAUCAGUGUUUAUGAGGUAGUGAAAACAAAACUGGAGACAGCAAGCUUACAGGAAUACAAUAGAUUCUGAGCAAAAUAACAACAGAAAGCAAGAAUAAAUACCAAAACAAUUAACAUAAGUAAAUAAAGGCAAAGCAAUGUUGAUCAAACAUAUUCGAGGAACUAAUUGGUUGAGUUUUGCGGUCGAGUCAAGACUCAAAAUCCAACUUUUUACAGGGAUGUUCAAUAUUCUGUUUGUUCACUAACCAGUUUGAUACAUUUGAAGUAGUGAAAAAACUGGAGUCAAAAGAAUUACAAGAACGAGACACAAUGUAGAUAACACCAAAAUAAUUAUUUUCUAUAAAAUACUAGCAGAAUAAUGACAAUUUAGGUUUAGAUUUUGCUUUACUUACGUCUGACCGAACGCAAAACAAUUGUUUGAACGUUGGGUUAGGGUUACCCAAAGCCGGGAGAAGGAAAAGGGAGCCUAUUUUUUCGAACAAUGAAAUAAUAAAUUUGAUAAUGUUGGUAGAAGAGCCGGGAUAAAAGAGUACGGCUCUUGAUCGCCAACCAGUUCAAUCACAGUCUAAUAUAAAUAAAGUCUGUAUAAAUUAUUUAUUGUUAGACUGUGGUUCAAUGCGGUCGCUGAUCACAGAUAUACGCCUUAACUAAAAACCUUGUGGGAUAACCUAAAGCAAUGCACUAUGUGGGAUAGCCUAAACACAAAUACUACAGUGGUUUGUAUUCAUUCCCUAAAAAAAGGCUAAACGUUUUGAUAGCUCAUAUCUAAUAAUAAAAUCAAUUUCAUCUUUGUUAUUUAAAUCAUUAACCCUUUCUCUUAUCCACCUAGUUGGUAGAACAACAUAGGCUUACUCUUCAUUGCCAUCACUUACUUUCAAAAGCUAAUUCGUACCAUAUUCUCUUCUACCAUUUCGCCUUUCCAUAUAAACUUUAAACUUAAAGCCAGCUGAUAUUUACUUAACGAAAGAUUAAAGAAGCUAACCGGUCAAAAUUGGGCAGUUAAUUAUCUAUUGACGGUUUAGUCUAAACUAGCGCUAACGGCGAGUUGUGAAAUCCAAUUUCGUCAGUUAAGAGCUAACUGCAGUUAGAGCAAGGCUUAACGGCGGUUUAAAAGUUUGGUGAAAUCGGGCCUUAAUGGUUAACUUUUACUAUUAUUUAAACCAUUGUAAGUUAUCCAUAUUUUUAGUUGUUUGUUAAUAUAUUCUGUUACAAAUGAUAUAAAUUUUAUAAAGUGUUGGAGAA